AUGCCGUGCUGCAUUGCCACAUUGCAGUACCUGGGGUGCAAGCACUGCAACCUUUUCAAGCUUUGCUGCACGACCAGGAGCUGCAAUGCCCAGUCACUUUGCCCACCACAGUUCCAGCACGUCCUUGUAUCGGCCAAAUACAAAUGGUCUUGCCGAGGCUGUGUCGACGAUCAUUUCGCUCUGGACGACGACGACCGCUUCGAGAGCUGGGGGGCACAAUAUCGACAGAUUGACCAAGAUGCCAGCGUGACAGAGGAGAUGAGGAUGAUCAAGAGAGAGACCCUGGAAGAGAAACAACAUUUCUGGGAAUCUCGGCUGACGGCACGUCGAGAACGUCAGAUGCUGGAGCUUGAGCUGAUAGAAAGCUGGGUGAGGACGUAUGCAUGGGCGGUUCUUGAAAUGCUAUAUGGACGACGACAGCAGCAACAAUUCGCUGAUGCUGCCUUCGAACAUGAUCCGAUGGAAGGGGUGGAGGAAGAGCGUAGUGGAGAGGACAGGAACGGGCACGAGAACGAGUCGGCAGAGCAGACGCAGGCGGUCCCAGAGCCUGGCCUUGUUGAGGCCUCACCGUCACUCAGCAGUUUAAUCGAGAUGAGGCAUCCUGAUGUGAUUAGUGUCCGAGACGCUUCUCGAACUGCCCAGUGGUUGCGGGCCAGUGUAGGGCUCGAAAGCCAAGCGGUUCCUAGUCCGACAUCAUUGGCUGCCCCCCAACCUGCAAUCAUGCCGACUGGUUCCAGGGAGCCCAAUGUGGGAAACCCGAGGCUCUGA